AUGCUCCUUGCCCUGUUUUUGACCUUCUACGUCUUCACUCUUGUGGGCAACCUGCUCAUCCUGCUGGCCAUCGCCUCCUCCGCCCGACUGCACACCCCCAUGUACUUCUUCCUGUGUGAGCUGUCUGUGUGUGACAUCUUCUUCCCUUCUGUGAGCUCCCCCAAGAUGCUCGUCUACCUCUCAGGGUACAGCCGAGCCAUCUCCUAUGCCGGCUGCGUGUCCCAGCUCUUCUUUUACCACUUCCUGGGCUGCACCGAGUGCUUCCUGUACACGGUGAUGGCCUAUGACCGCUUUGUGGCCAUCUGUCACCCUCUACGCUACCAGGUGAUCAUGAGCCCCAGGGUGUGUGCCAUCCUGGCCUCGGGGACCUCGUUUUUUGGCUGUGUUCAGGCCACCUUUCUCACCACUCUCACCUUCCAGUUACCCUACUGUGGCCCCAAUGAGGUGGACUACUUCUUCUGUGACAUCCCCGUGAUGCUGAAGCUGGCUUGUGCGGACACCGCAGCCCUGGAGAUGGUGGGGUUCAUCAGUGUGGGCCUCAUGCCCCUCAGCUGCUUUCUUCUCAUCCUUGCCUCCUACAGCCGCAUCGUCUACUCCAUCCUGCAGAUCCGCUCCGCCGAGGGCCAACGCCAUGCCUUCUCCACCUGCAGCGCCCACCUCACUGCCAUCUUACUUUUCUACAUGCCUGUGGUCCUCAUCUACUUAAGGCCAACGCCAAGCCCCUGGCUGGAUGCAAUGGUUCAGGUCCUGAAUAACCUGGUCACCCCCAUGCUGAACCCCUUGAUCUACAGCCUCAGGAACAAGGAGGUAAAAUCAUCUCUGAGGAAAGUCCUGCAUCAACUGGGCUUUCUUCCUGAGCCCUUGUAGUGAAUGAACAGUAGCCAACAAUUGAAGUGCACUUGCAACUUACAAACUAUUUUUAUAUGCAUCUCAUAAAUAUCUUUUUAAAUGGGAGAGUCCAGAUAUUAGGAUUUGCCGUCAUUGUACAAUAUGGGGACUAGGAUUCAAAGAGUUCAAGUGGGUUGAACGUGAAGCAUGUGUCAGGAAUGCUGGCAGAAUGACUUCUACCUCGUGGCUGGUUUUCUGAGCCUGUGGCCUGUGCUUUCUCGAGGACAUCAUAUUGCUGAUGGGGUGGAAGGGAGCCUGCCACAGCUGGCAGCAUAACCUGCACCUUCUGCUUCUCAAUCUUUAUUUUCUUUGUCCACCUGCACCCUUUUGUCCUCCUCACCCUGACACUCUAUCUUGGCUGCAUUUUUGUCUCCUCAAAUGCCUGAACUGAAUAAACCCUCAUUUUAUUGGUCUACACAUUGUUGUGAAAAAAUGGAGUUGUGUAAAGAGAAGGACUUGUAGCAGGGACCUGAGACAAGUUUCUUCUGAGUGAAGCAAAGGUACUGGUGGCCUGCUGUCACCCAGAAACUCUAUGUGUUGGGUUUUGACCUGGAAGCAGGCCCUGGUUGUAUCAUGUUUACUUACAUGUAGAGGUGCAGCCUGGCAGUGAGAAUGUGGGAAGGGCAGGCGGGGCAAUAUGUGGGAUGGUGACUGUGAUCUGAUGCCACAUUAGAAAAUCUGGACUUGGCUUUGCGUUUCUCAGUACAACCAGGGAGCCAUUCUGGGUUCAAGCUCUCAUUGUUUGUGUCUUUGGUUUCAGUUUCAGUGAAAAGGUGUGACAUUGUUCCCCUUUCACUUCUCUCUCUCUCUCUCUCUCCUUUCUUUUGGCUGAAACACGCUAAGAAGAACAAUAAUGGCUGUUCCAAUGCAGUGCGCUGUUGUGUUUAUGAGUGGAAUUCAUGGAGAAUCCUAGCACACUUGAGGCAUGCGGAAUAAACUAUUGCAAGUUAUCCUAAUAGUGAAGUUGAGAGGGAAGGAAUCUGAGAAGACGAUGAUG